AUGGACAAACCUUGGAAACCACUAACUAGGAAGAUUAGAAUCCCUGGGGCUAUACUUAGCCCUUACAGGUUGUUGGUGGUUAUCCGUAUAGUAAUCCUAGUUAUGUUCUUAACUUGGCGAGUUUCGAACCCUAACCAUGAAGCUAUGUGGUUGUGGGGAAUAUCAAUUGUGUGUGAGCUUUGGUUUGCUUUCUCUUGGCUUCUUGAUAUCUUACCCAAAAUGAACCCAAUAAACAGAAGUGUAGACCUUGGUGCAUUGCAUGACAAGUUUGAUCAACCAACUGCUUCCAACCCAACUGGUCGCUCAGACUUGCCAGGGGUUGAUGUUUUUGUGUCCACUGCUGAUGCUGAAAAGGAACCACCUCUUGUCACAGCCAACACCAUUCUUUCCAUUCUUGGUGUAAACUAUCCAAUUGAAAAAAUAACAUGCUAUAUUUCAGAUGAUGGUGGAGCCAUACUCACAUUUGAAGCCAUGGCUGAAGCUGUCAAAUUUGCUGAGGUUUGGGUACCCUUUUGUAGAAAACACAACAUUGAACCUAGGAAUCCCGAUGCUUACUUCAAUUUGAAGAAAGACCCCACCAAGAACAAGAAACGACACGAUUUUGUGAAAGACCGUAGAUGGAUCAAGAGAGAGUAUGAUGAAUUUAAGGUCAGAAUCAAUGGACUUCCUGAGGUAAUACGUCAAAGAAGUAAAACACACAACUCUAAAGAGGAAAAAAAAGCAAAGCAGAUAGCUAAGGAGAAAAAUGGAGGAACUCUACCAUCAGAUUACACCAGUGAUGUCCCUCAAGCUACAUGGAUGGCCGAUGGCACUCAAUGGCCAGGCACUUGGUAUAGCCCUACACCUGAUCACUCUAAGGGUGACCAUGCUGGAAUCUUGCAGAUAAUGAGUAAGGUCCCAGAUCAUGAUCCUGUAAUGGGCAUUGCAGAUGAGACAAAGUUAGAUUUCACAGGUGUAGACAUCAGGAUUCCAAUGUUUGCAUAUGUCUCAAGAGAGAAGAGACCAGGGUAUGAUCAUAACAAGAAAGCAGGAGCCAUGAAUGCUAUGGUUCGAGCCUCAGCCAUAUUGUCUAACGGACCAUUCAUUCUCAACUUGGAUUGUGACCACUACUUCUACAAUUCCCUUGCUGUGAAGGAGGGAAUGUGCUUCAUGAUGGACCGUGGUGGUGAUCGCGUAUGUUACAUACAGUUUCCGCAAAGGUUUGAAGGGAUUGAUCCUUCUGAUCGAUAUGCAAAUCACAACACAGUCUUCUUUGAUGGAAAUAUGAGAGCACUGGAUGGUCUCCAAGGUCCAAUGUAUGUAGGAACAGGUUGCAUGUUUAGGAGGUAUGCACUGUAUGGAUUUGAACCACCGAGAUUCAUUGAGCACACUGGUGUGUUUGGAAGAGUGAAAACCAAGGUGAACUUUAAAGCACCACAUGCAAAAGCUGACGAUGACACGCAACCCCUAACAUCUGAUUCAGAAAUGGGUUAUCCAGAAAAAUUUGGAAGCUCAACAAUGUUCACAGAUUCCAUAACUGUGGCUGAAUACAACGGAAGGCCACUUGCUGAUCACAAAUCUGUGAAGAAUGGAAGACCACCUGGGGCACUUCUCACACCACGUCCACCUUUGGAUGCCCCCACCGUUGCUGAGGCUAUUGCUGUCAUCUCAUGCUGGUAUGAGGACAAGACCGAAUGGGGGGACAGGGUAGGUUGGAUUUACGGGUCAGUAACUGAGGAUGUGGUGACUGGUUACAGGAUGCACAACCGUGGUUGGAGAUCAAUUUAUUGCAUUACAAAGAGAGAUGCUUUUCGUGGCACUGCACCAAUAAACUUAACUGACCGUCUGCAUCAAGUGCUGAGAUGGGCCACAGGUUCUGUGGAGAUUUUCUUCUCAAGAAACAAUGCCUUUUUCGCUAGCAGACGCCUCAAGUUCUUGCAGAGAAUUUCGUACCUCAAUGUUGGCAUCUACCCAUUCACCUCAUUGUUUCUGGUGGUGUAUUGCUUCAUUCCUGCACUCUCCCUUUUCUCUGGACAGUUCAUAGUGGAAGGCUUGAAUGUGGCUUUCUUAACGUAUCUGUUGCUCAUCACCAUUUGCCUCACUCUCAUAUCUCUCCUUGAAGUGAAGUGGUCAGGCAUUGCCCUUGAGGAAUGGUGGCGCAACGAGCAGUUUUGGGUCAUUGGUGGCACCAGUGCUCACCUUGUUGCUGUCAUACAAGGUUUGCUAAAGGUUGUGGCUGGCAUAGAGAUUUCCUUUACCUUAACGUCUAAGUCAGCAGGUGAUGAAGAAGACGAUGAAUAUGCCGAUCUUUACAUUGUCAAAUGGACAAGCCUCUUCAUCAUGCCACUAACAAUUAUCAUCAUUAACAUCAUUGCUUUGGUGAUGGGGUUCUUAAGGACUGUGUUCAGUGUGAUUCCACAGUGGAAUAAGCUCUUGGGAAGCAUGUUCUUCAGCUUCUGGGUGCUGUCUCAUAUGUACCCUUUUGCUAAAGGGUUGAUGGGAAAGAGAGGAAGGGUGCCCACAAUUAUUUAUGUCUGGGCAGGAAUUCUCUCCAUUACCAUUGCACUGCUUUGGAUCACAGUUGACCCUCCAAGAAAUAUGAGAGCACUGGAUGGUCUCCAAGGUCCAAUGUAUGUAGGAACAGGUUGCAUGUUUAGGAGGUAUGCACUGUAUGGAUUUGAACCACCGAGAUUCAUUGAGCACACUGGUGUGUUUGGAAGAGUGAAAACCAAGGUGAACUUUAAAGCACCACAUGCAAAAGCUGACGAUGACACGCAACCCCUAACAUCUGAUUCAGAAAUGGGUUAUCCAGAAAAAUUUGGAAGCUCAACAAUGUUCACAGAUUCCAUAACUGUGGCUGAAUACAACGGAAGGCCACUUGCUGAUCACAAAUCUGUGAAGAAUGGAAGACCACCUGGGGCACUUCUCACACCACGUCCACCUUUGGAUGCCCCCACCGUUGCUGAGGCUAUUGCUGUCAUCUCAUGCUGGUAUGAGGACAAGACCGAAUGGGGGGACAGGGUAGGUUGGAUUUACGGGUCAGUAACUGAGGAUGUGGUGACUGGUUACAGGAUGCACAACCGUGGUUGGAGAUCAAUUUAUUGCAUUACAAAGAGAGAUGCUUUUCGUGGCACUGCACCAAUAAACUUAACUGACCGUCUGCAUCAAGUGCUGAGAUGGGCCACAGGUUCUGUGGAGAUUUUCUUCUCAAGAAACAAUGCCUUUUUCGCUAGCAGACGCCUCAAGUUCUUGCAGAGAAUUUCGUACCUCAAUGUUGGCAUCUACCCAUUCACCUCAUUGUUUCUGGUGGUGUAUUGCUUCAUUCCUGCACUCUCCCUUUUCUCUGGACAGUUCAUAGUGGAAGGCUUGAAUGUGGCUUUCUUAACGUAUCUGUUGCUCAUCACCAUUUGCCUCACUCUCAUAUCACUCCUUGAAGUGAAGUGGUCAGGAAUUGCCCUUGAGGAAUGGUGGCGCAACGAGCAGUUUUGGGUCAUUGGUGGCACCAGUGCUCACCUUGUUGCUGUCAUACAAGGUUUGCUAAAGGUUGUGGCUGGCAUAGAGAUUUCCUUUACCUUAACGUCUAAGUCAGCAGGUGAUGAAGAAGACGAUGAAUAUGCCGAUCUUUACAUUGUCAAAUGGACAAGCCUCUUCAUCAUGCCACUAACAAUUAUCAUCAUUAACAUCAUUGCUUUGGUGAUGGGGUUCUUAAGGACUGUGUUCAGUGUGAUUCCACAGUGGAAUAAGCUCUUGGGAAGCAUGUUCUUCAGCUUCUGGGUGCUGUCUCAUAUGUACCCUUUUGCUAAAGGGUUGAUGGGAAAGAGAGGAAGGGUGCCCACAAUUAUUUAUGUCUGGGCAGGAAUUCUCUCCAUUACCAUUGCACUGCUUUGGAUCACAGUUGACCCUCCAAGUGACACUGUUCAGACAUAG